UCAAGUUGCUGCUGCCUGUUGCCGAGUGGAAAACAGCAGAAAGCCCUCAGUUCAGCUAUCUAUUGGGUUUUUGUUUUGCUUCACUUUAUUUCCUUUUGUUUUGCCUUAAGAAGAUGAACACAGAAACUACGACCCUGGUGUCCCUGACGGAGGCGAUGAAAAGAGUAGACCAAAAACUCCAAGCUUUAGAAGCACAAUUCAAAGAACUGGACAUCACCAAGGAUAAUCUGACCCAGAAAUUUGAAAACCAUAGCAAGACUCUGACAAGCCAAGCUGCGCAAGAUGAGCUGUGGACGGCGGUUCUGGCACUCAAAUUCACGUCAAUGGAAUUGAAUAUUUUGUACAGCUACGUCAUCGAAGUACUUAUCUGCUUGCACACUCGUGUGCUUGAGAAGCUGCCAGACCUGGCAAGAGGUCUGCCCACCUUCACCUCUGUCCUUCGACGGAAGGCCAAGAAUCAGCAUAUCAGAGUGGCGUGGGAAGCGGUCCUGGAGGAGAGCGGGCUGCGGGAGGGAGACAUGGCGGCGCUCUGCGCCUUCUUCAUCGCGCACGGCAGCGAGGCGGAGCACUACGCUGCCACAGCCAGACGCACGUACAUUGGGGACGCCACGUUCAUGAUCACCAGCAUGGUGAAAAACCAGGCCUUGCGCGAGGGUUUGCUGCGGGCUGUCCAGGUCAUUGACAAGGGGAAAGCAGACAGGAUGCCUGAAGCACGAACGUCCUCCCUAAAAGAGUUGCUGCCAUCAGUGAGAAGUGAACCUGUCUAAUCCCAGCACCGGGGACGCUGAGGCAGGAGGAUCGCUGUGAGCUGGAGGCCAGCCGGGGUUAUAUAGCGAGACCCUCUCUCAAAAAAAGAAAAUAAACAAACAAACAAAAACCUGUCAUCCUAUGACCCAGUGAUUCAACAUGUAGUAAUUUAUCUUGGAUACUGAAAAAAAAGAAAGAAAGAAAAGAAAAAGGCACAAUUUAUUUACUAUAGGCUAAUUUUUAUAGCAAAAGGCAAGGGGAGCAUUAAAUGAAUUAUGAUAAAUUGACAGACUACAUAUUUUUCUGUUCAGCCAUAUAAAAGAAUGAAGCAAGCCAGGUGUGGUGGUGCAUGCCUGUAAUCCCAGCACCCAGGAGGCUGAG